UUAUAUCAACAUAAUAUAAACUUUAGGAUUAAAUGUAUUAUAUUCAAACAAUUAAAUAUGCAUUUUAAAGACAGUGAAAAAAUGAAUAGAGCAACUAAGACAAUGGUGGAUAUAGCUCCCCAUAAAGGAGUCAUUUUUCUUACCACCAAAUUAGUUUAUGUACAACCUUUAGCCUCAAAUAAAUGAGUCAAAUCAAAAUGACUUCAACUCACAACCACCAUAAAAAUUCCAAAGGAAAAUUAGAGCCAACAGAUAAUAAAUUUAAACAAUCACUAAAAAAUCUCUGGUGAAAUUCUAAUAUAGAAAAUCUAAAUUCCUUGUAUUACGGCUCCAAAUCUAAUAAUGCCAAGCUCAAAUAUUGGCUAACAACAAUUUUACCAGACCAUUCUCCUUUUUGUCAAACAAAUUCUCAUUCCUACACCCAAUAAAAAAUAUAAAAAAAAUAAAAAAAAUUUAAAAAAUCAUCAAAAAUAAUGUAUUUGCAUGAUACCAAAGUUUUGAAUGCAUUGGCAAUAAUAAUCUAUAUAAUUCUUGUUUCUAAUGUAAACAUAGGUGAAGGAUAUAGUUCUCAUCAUGAACAUCAAGGUACCAUCCAUAAGAACGUCAUAGACGCGCCUCUCCUAACGGGGAAAAUCGGUGGUAAUCGAACGAUCGUGGUUGAUGUUAAUGGCAAUGGAGAUUAUAAAAGUGUUCAAGCAGCAAUUGAUGCAGUUCCUGUAGGAAAUUCUAAUUGGGUCACCAUCCAUCUUAGAAAAGGAAUUUACAGGGAGAAAGUACAUAUACCCCGCAAUAAACCAAAGAUAUUCUUGAGAGGAAAUGGUAAAGGUAGGACCUAUAUUGUUUGGUCUCAAAGCUCUACCGAUAACAUUGAGUCUGCAACAUUCAAGGUUGAAGCCUCAAAUUUUGUUGCAUUUGGAAUAAGUUUUAAGAAUGAUGCUCCAACUGGAGAAGCAUACACCUCACAAAAUCAAUCAGUGGCAGCAUAUGUAGCAUCAGACAUGGCUGCAUUCUAUCAUUGUGGAUUUUUUAGCACACAUAACACACUCUUUGAUCAAAAGGGUAGGCACUAUUAUCAAGGUUGUUACAUCCAAGGCUCCAUCGACUUUAUCUUUGGUCGUGCCAGAUCCCUUUUCCAUGAGUGUGAGAUCUUCGUGUUGGUUGACCGGAGGAUAAAGAUCCAUGGUUCAAUUACAGCACAAAAUAGGGAGAGUGCAGAUGAACCAAGUGGAUAUGUGUUCAAUAAAGCAAAGGUUUAUGGAACAGGACAAGUUUAUUUGGGUAGAGCUAAAGGUGCCUAUUCUAGGGUGCUCUUUGCAAAUACAUACAUGUCUGGAACUGUUACAUCGGAAGGAUGGACUAAUUGGAGUUACGAUGGAUCCACCGACAACUUAUUUCAUGCGGAGUAUGCAUGCCAUGGACCUGGAUCAGGCACAGGGGAUCGAGCUUCGUGGAGUAUACGUCUAAGCGACGAAGAAGCAGCUCCUCUUCUCACCAUAGACUUCAUUGAUGGGAAGCAAUGGUUACCAGCAUGGAUUGAUUAAUGUGUUUUUCAUGUAAUUAAAUUAAUUAGUAGAGCUUUUAAAAAUUAAAAAGAUUUAAUGAUGAGAGAGUUGUUUGCAUUGCUGCUUAAAUUUGUACGAGUACUAUAUAUAUACAGUAUACACUGCUCCCCUAAACAAGCUAAGGAAGAGAUCCAUACAUCCAAGGGCUUUCAUAUAAAUUAAUUACUUGAUCAUACUUCCUUUAAUUUGUUGAA